CACGUCACCAACCUCCGGCGCGCACCCAGUAGCAUAUAACAAGCUUUCUUCUAGCACCGAUCCUCUCAACACCCUUCCGUUACUCAAAAAAGGAUAAACUUUGUUCCAAUACCUUCCUCGCUCUACAAUACAAACCUAGACAGGUACCAUUCGAGCAAAUCAGGCAGCUAUGGCACAGCGAAGAAAUGGCGCGCCGCAAGGCCCCAAGGACGACGCUCCUGCGUCCAAGGAUCUGACGCAAGAUAAGCAGGCACGUCUUCUGUCCCAGGAAGCCGGCCACUUCUCUCUCGUGCGCGCUCUGCACCUUGCAGAUUUCAUUACUGAGCUCAAUGGCUUCUGUGGCGUAAUGUCCGUCUUCUCCUCGCUGCGCUACUGCAUCCAGGGUGACCCGCACAACUACGCGAAUCUCUAUUGGGCACUUGGCUUAAUACCUCUGGGUCUGUUUUUCGACUUCCUAGACGGCAAGGUCGCUAGGUGGAGGAAGAGGGCGUCGUUGAUGGGUCAGGAGUUGGAUUCGCUUGCGGAUUUGGUAUCCUUCGGCGUCUCGCCCGCAGCCGCAGCUUUCAGUCUCGGUCUCCGCACCCCGCUCGACCACAUCCUGCUGGCCUUCUUCGUACUCUGCGGCCUAACCCGUCUCGCGCGCUUCAACGUCACCGUCGCCAUGCUGCCCAAAGACGGCUCCGGCAAGUCCAAAUACUUUGAAGGCACGCCCAUUCCCAUGUCUCUUAUCCUGGUGCAAAUCAUGGCGUACUGGGUGUACAAGGGCUGGACGCUUGAACAGGUACCCCUGGGCCUGUGGCUGGAGGGUACCGCCUUUGAGUUCCACCCCGUUGUCGCCAUGUUCAUACUACAUGGGUGUCUUAUGGUCAGCAAGACUAUCCAUAUCCCCAAGCCUUAGAAAUCUAGAAUGGACAAGAGUGAUUUCCAGAGGGGCCGUUGGGAGCGAAGGUAUACUGGGGGGCUGUAGGCGGCACGAUGCCUCGCCAUAGCAGGGACGUCACGCUUAUUGCUCCUUGGUAUUAUAGAGGGAUAACGAUGCUAUGACCGACUAGCGGGCGCACGUACAAAAUAAUGAUGAUACCCUAUUAUCAGAUUUACUCGUAAAUUUUCCCCAUGUCA